AUGCAAGAAGAAAAAAGAAAGAAAUCUGCAGAACAAGAAGAAGUAGAUAAAGAUACAAAUCAGAAUGAAAAAUGUAUAAAUAUCAAAAGGGAGGAUUAUAAAACAAAUAAUAUAUAUGAAGAUAGAGAUACAAAUAACGUAAGUAAUAAUAUAUUUAAUGAAAUAUCAGUAAAAGAAAGAAGUCAGGAUAACACUGAGUGUAAAGAAAAUGAUACGUUCGAUAAAAAACAUGUUACAUCUCAUAAUAAAAUAUUAAAAUUAUCAAAUGAAAAGAAUAACUUGUCAUCAAAAGAAAAAGAAAAUAUUAUACAUAACGAUAGAGGAGAAAUUAAGGAUGAUAAUAAAAUAAAUGAUAAUGAUAUUCCAGGAAAAGAUAAAAAUGGAAAGACGGAUAUUGGAAAUGAUAAUAAUAAUAAUGAUAAUAUUAAAAGUAAUAAUAUAUUAGAAAGCGAAGUUCACGACAUUCAAAAAAAUGGAAAAGAUAAUAAAAAAAACCAAAAUGAAGUGAAUGAUACAAUAUCCUCACCUUCUAAAGGAGAGAACAACAUUAAUAAAUUAAAUGCAAAUGAAAAGGAUUCCAUUAUAAAUAACAAGGAUGAGUAUAAAAAAAAAAAAAAAAACGAACAAAAAAAUAAUAAGACUGCUCAAAAGGAGAAAUCUGUUUUUGUGGAUGAGGUGAUUAAGGAAUACCCACGAAUAUUUGCCACCAGAUUACCAUUCGAAGCAAGCAAAAAAGAUUUGGAAACAUAUUUUUCUAAAUAUGGAAAAAUUGUAGAUAUAUAUGUUUCAAGAAAUAUAUCAAAUAAUAAAAAUAAAGGUUUCGGUUUUGUUUCUUUUGAAAAACAGGAAUCGAUGAACAAGGUCCUAAAAGAGAAGUUACAUAUAAUUUGUGGAAAGGAAAUUGUGGUUGACGUGGCCUCCAUGAGAGAUGAUAAAUAUAAACAUCUUUUUCAUAUGCCAUCUGAGAAUUAUUUAAUGAAAAAUGAAAAAAAGGAUAAACGAUUUAUGAAAAAUAGGAAUAAAACAAAUUCUUUUAAAUACCCUAUUUAUAAUAAUGUGAAUAAUAUUUCGGAUAUAUCAAAAAUGGGAUAUCAAAAUAUGAUUAUUCCAAAUGUAAAUAAUUUCCCUUCGACUAAUUAUCAACCUCUAGCAUAUCAAGAUUUCAAUAUGAAAGCUAGCUUUAGAAAUGUGUACUCACCAUUUUUAUAUAAUCCAUAUAUAAAACCAUUCAAUCCAACAUAUAAAAACAGCACCCCUAUUCUAACAAAUGAUUAUGUUUAUAAUUUAAUAAAUUAUAAUAUAUGGAAUAACGUAAUACCUUACGGUAAUAAUAUGUAUACUUCCAAAAAAAUGUCAAUGCCAAACUAUUAUUACAGCAGACCAUAUCCCAAUCAAAGUAUAGCUGUGAAAAAUAAUAUUACCCGUCCGCAAAAUUUCAAUAAAAAUGAAAAACCCAGAACAAAUAAUACGUCAUUUACUCGUAAACUUCCUGGAGGAGAUGAAUGGAACAAAAGGGGCUACAAAUUAUUCGUUACCAAACUG